AUGGCGGCGAAAGACGGUGGAGAGACAGACGAACAAGGUCAGGUACCUUCCGGAGAGGCCGCUACUUCGCUGACCGGUCCAGGCCACAAUGAUCCAAUUUUGAUGAGUGAGUACCCUGACAGCGGAAUGAAACAGAGCCUCUGCGUCGACAGAGCCAGGGCGCCAGGGGGCCGGGCUCUAGCGACUUAUCACCCAGCACGUUUAUCUCUUUGGUGGAGUGGAGGUGGACCCUCCACAGACAAUAGUGGACUUGAGGUGCUAUCGGGUGCUGGAGCUGUAAGUGAGAAGCCAAAAGCAAGCACGCAAGCCACGACUGUCAGGGAGGAAGACAGUGCAGGUGCUGGGAGAAGAGAUGUAAGGAAUUGUACAAGGAGUGGAGUGGAAUACAAUGCUAAGGAGACGUCGAAUUAA